AUGGAAGCAGUAGAUUUCCUUUUCUCCAGAUCCAGUCACGUGGUGAAGCUCUACUGCGAGUUCUUACUCAAAAACAAUAGACCUCUCCACAGGGGAUCUCACAGUCAUCCAAAAGCUUCUCCCCACGGCUAUUUUUACCCCAAAAGGAAACUCAAAAAUCAAAACCCAAAGCGAAACACUUCGGACUCAUACACACGACGAAAACAGCAACGACAACUUUCAGAAGAAGAAACCGUGUAA